AUGGAAGUCGAAAAAAUCGUCCAAGAAAAAACCGAAAUGCAAAGGCAUUAUGUGAUGUACUACGAGAUGUCCUACGGCCUCAACGUCGAAAUGCACAAACAGACGGAAAUUGCGAAGCGUUUGAACGCCAUCAUCGCACAAAUAAUGCCUUUUCUCUCGCAAGAGCACCAACAGCAAGUAGCCACGGCUGUAGAAAGAGCGAAACAAGUGACCAUGACCGAACUCAACGCCAUCAUAGGGCAACAACGUCCAGAUCUGCCCAGGUUAUUGCAACAAAUGCACGCGCAGCAGCUACCGCACGCGGGUCAUGCGCCACCCAUACCAAUGAUGCCUCAUCCCGGACUUCCGGGACCACCGGUAACCGCGUCCGCCAGCCUGCUGGGCUUGGCCGGUGCCGCCGGUUCCGCGUCUCAUCCGUUGUCCAUGCUGGGCGCCAAACCGACUGAUAUGCACAGGGUGCCGAUUCUGACAAGCCUUUCGUCCGCCAUCGGAUUAAGUUCAGCUGAAGAAAGACACAGGAGUUCUAUAUCACCUGCGGAAAGGGAGAAAUUUCGCGUCAGGAGCUCACCGGAUAUUGAACCGCACAAAAAAGUGAAAAAAGAAGAAAAAGAUUGUCACGCGAGCGAUGGUGAAAAAAGCGAUCAAGACUUGGUAGUCGACGAUGCCAGUGAGGACCCCGUCUCGCCGCUUAAUGGUACAGCCUCGCCCAGAGAAAACGGAAUUGACAAGUUACAACCCAAAAAGGAACACAUUGGACCACACAGCCCGCGAAGCGGAACUUCGUCCAAUGCCAGCACUCCAUCCACCAAGAAGAUGGAAGAUAAACCCAGCACGCCGAUAUCCAAGUCGAUCACACCGACGAGCGGCGGCAGCGGUUGUAGUGGAGCUGCCGGCUCCUCGAUGAAACCCAUGGGAGUCAAAGGACCUUCGCUAGCCCAAUACCCACAUUAUCUGGCCGGGGGUGCAAAUCCGCACGAUCUUCAAGCGGCCGCGGCUGCUGCAGGCGCUUACGGUGCACUUCACAACAAUUUACCACCAUCGGCUGCGUUAAACAGUUACCCCAGGCCGGCGUUGGUCGGUUACGAUCCUCACGCACAAAUGAGAGCACCCCUCGGACCUGGGCUGGGAAUUCCCGGCGGAAAACCAGCGUAUUCGUUUCACGUGAGCGCCGAAGGCCAAAUGCAACCGGUGCCCUUUCCACCCGACGCACUGAUGGGUCCCGGCAUCCCGAGACACGCCCGUCAAAUCAACACUCUCGGGCACGGCGAAGUCGUGUGUGCUGUGACCAUCAGCAACCCUACCAAGUACGUUUACACCGGUGGCAAGGGCUGCGUAAAGGUGUGGGACAUCAGUCAACCCGGGUCCAAGUCGCCCGUAUCUCAACUAGACUGCUUGCAACGUGAUAACUAUAUAAGAUCUGUAAAACUAUUGCCAGACGGCCGAACGCUCAUCGUCGGUGGAGAAGCCAGUAAUUUGAGCAUAUGGGAUCUGGCAUCCCCCACGCCGAGAAUAAAAGCCGAGCUUACGUCCAGCGCCCCAGCGUGCUACGCACUGGCCAUCAGUCCGGAUUCUAAGGUGUGCUUCAGCUGUUGUUCAGACGGCAACAUAGCCGUGUGGGAUUUACAUAACCAGACGUUGGUUAGACAGUUCCAAGGGCACACGGACGGAGCGUCGUGCAUAGACAUCUCUUCAGACGGUUCAAAACUAUGGACCGGUGGUCUGGACAACACCGUCCGCUCUUGGGACCUGAGAGAAGGCCGACAGCUACAGCAACACGAUUUCUCAUCACAGAUAUUCUCUCUGGGUUAUUGUCCGACUGGCGAAUGGUUGGCCGUCGGCAUGGAGAACUCCAACGUCGAAGUGUUGCACGCCCUCAAACCUGACAAGUACCAACUGCAUCUGCACGAGUCGUGUGUGCUAUCCUUGCGCUUUGCGACUUGCGGUAAAUGGUUUGUGUCGACAGGCAAAGACAAUUUGCUAAAUGCGUGGCGCACACCGUAUGGCGCUUCCAUAUUCCAAUCUAAAGAAUCUUCUUCAGUGUUGAGCUGUGACAUAUCGGCCGACGAUAAAUAUAUCGUAACUGGUUCCGGAGAUAAGAAAGCAACUGUUUACGAAGUUAUAUACUAG